UUGUGAACACUAACAUUUUAGUGACCCGGCUAUUUGGCCCAUUUCCUCUAAACUAAACGAUCCGACCCGAUUCGACUCAACCACCCAAAACCGGUUCCUUUUCACCUCAGUUCACGCACUCGACACAGAUCAAACUUUCAAAUCCGGUCGUUAGUUGUACUGGUUCGUCGGUGCUCCGGCGAACCUUCGUAUUUCUUCCGCCGAUCAGCUAAAAUUUCAUUUCAUUUUUAGACUUCGAGAGAAUUUUAGUGGAAAAAUGAAUUUCUUGAUGCUACGGUCUAAUAAUCAGACUCCAGCUCGGGAUCGACAUCCUGUUCAAGAGACUCAGAUGGAGUCAAAUUCUGUACCACAACAAGCAACUACUUUAGAGGGUCUUAUUUCAGAAGAUAGAUUCCCAGAGAGCACACCUUCUGAAACUCCCGGUGCAGAGAGUGAUGAAUAUUCUGGUGAGGAUGUAAAUGAUGCUGGUUCAAGUGGAAAGAGUGACUCUCCAGUGGAUGGCCACAUAGAUGUUACAGAAGAUGAUGGGUGGAUAAUAAUUCCGUGUAAGGAAAUCCCUGACAAGUGGACCGAGGCACCAAAUAUACAUUCAUUUCUCUCUUUAGACCGUAACUUUGUUUUUCCUGGUGAGCAAGUCCACAUACUUGCAUGCUUGUCUGCAUAUAAACAGGAUAUGGAAAUUAUUACACUGAUCAACGGCUUUUCUUGGUUAGAUAUGAACUCUCUAAAGGAGAGGCAUUCAGCACAAAUGACAGUAAUUUUGUCUGACAUAAGCAUAGUUGUCAAUGCAUUUACUGAAAUCAAUUCUACUUUUUGCCACCACACCUUGGUAUUAUCUUAUUUGCCAUUCAAGUUUUUGUAUAAUGAUUCAAUAGUUGUAUAUAUUACCUCUUAUUUGAAUUCAACCUUUUUGUUUGGAAGGAUGCAGGUGCUUUUACAGGUUAAUGUUGGUGCUGAGGUUUUGAGAGAUCCCAUCCUUGAAAUUCUUCAAUUUGAAAAGCAUCAGGAAAGAAGUUUAUCCUUUGAGAACCAGCAAAAUCUCUCUUCUCUAAAUCAGGAUCCUUGUGGUGAAUUGUUGAAAUGGCUGCUUCCUUUGGAUAAUUCUAUUCCUCCUCCCUCUCGUCCUUUAUCUCCUCCUAUAUUGAGUUCCAGUUCAAAUGUUCGAAGCUCACCCACAAAACCUAAUUUAUCUGGAUCAUCUGGCUCUCAGCUUUUCUCUUUUGGUAACUUUAGAAGUUAUUCAAUGUCCUCUCUUCCACCAAGCACAACACCGCCUCCAGCAAAUAUAACUCCCAGUGCUAAACCAAGCUUUGACUCGGAAGAUUGGAAUCAAUUUUCAUUUAGAAAGUUUAUGAAAAGUGGAAAAAGUGGAAAUGAAGGACUCUUAUCUUUUCGAGGUGUGCCAUUGGAACCAGAAAGAUUUUCUGUUAGGUGUGGGUUGGAAGGAAUUUUCACACCUGGAAGAAGGUGGAGGAGGAAAAUCGAAAUAAUUCAACCUGUAGAAAUUCAUUCUUUUUCUGCUGAUUGCAACACAGAUGAUCUUCUCUGUGUCCAGAUAAAGAAUGUUUCCCCUGCACAUGUACCAGAUGUUGUGAUAUUUGUAGAUGCAAUAGCUGUAGUCUUUGAAGAGGCAUCACAAGGUGGCCUACCAUUGUCUUUACCAAUUGCAUGCAUUGACGCUGGGAAUGACCACUGUUUGCCAAAUUUACCUCUCAGGAGAGGUGAAGAACAUUCUUUUAUUCUCAAACUCGCAACUUCAUCAUGGAAGUUCCCCAAAGGUCACAGUAGUACAAAUUCACAACCGUCAAGUUUGCUCUCUGGAAGUGCUACAUCAAAUUGGCCAUAUUUUUUCAAUAUUGAAAAGAAAUAUAGUGAAUUGCCUGCCCAUCAUUACGCAAUUCUUGUAUCAUGUCGAUGCAAUUAUACUGAAUCAAACUUGUUUUUCAAGCAGCCAACAAACUGGCAACCUCGUAUUUCAAGGGAUCUUAUGGUCUCUGUUGCUUCUGAAAUGACUCGACAAACUGUUGGAUCCAAUGGAAAUCCGCUUCCAGUUCAGGUCUUGACUCUUCAGGCAUCAAAUAUGACAUCUGAAGAUCUCACAAUGACGGUUCUUGCUCCAGCAUCAUUUACUUCUCCUCCUUCGGUCUUGCCUUUAAAUAAUUCACCAUCAUCACCCUCGAGUCAAUUUGUUGAUUCUUUUGAGUUAGCUGAGAGAGAGAGAAGUGAUAGGCAAGUGGCUGUCAUGAAUACGAUAAACUCAUCGCCACUGAAUAAAGGAGAGAAAGUUAAUGACAAAUCUGUACCGAUACGGGCCAUACCUGAUGUCCUUCCAAGUAGUGAUCUGGGUUGUACACAUUUGUGGUUGCAGAGUAGAGUUCCGCUGGGAUGUGUCCCUGCUCAAUCAAUGGCAACCAUCAAGCUCGAAGUACUCCCAUUGACAGAUGGCAUAAUUACUCUUGAUUCUCUACAGAUUGAUGUUAAGGAGAAAGGUCUUACUUAUGUACCUGAGCAUUCACUGAAGAUAAAUGCAACUUCGAGCAUCACUACUGGUAUAAUUUGAGGCAGUUACUUCAGAAGCUUUGAUUAUUUGAUGGUACCUGGGUUUUGGUGAGACGGUUCAUUUACUGCAUGACUCCACGCUGUUACCUUUAUAUUUAAGUGAACUAUUGCUUACGGCUAGUUUGGGGCCGACUUCUAUGCCAUAUUUGUACCUUGUUAUAGAUAUAGUGUAAAGUAGACAAGAUGGUGAAAACUUUUGUCUGGCAAUAUGAAUGGCCAAGUUAUGGAACAUUACCGCAAUAUACUAGCUUUCUGGUUAACAUUCAUUUCAAUGCUGUCAUUUUGUUAUAAUUUUUUCC